AUGGCUGAGGAUGCUACUAAUCAGGAGGGCAAAGAAGGCACUAAGCAGGAUGAGGAAGCAAAGCCGUUAUUACCAGUUGACAUGUGUUACAGUUAUGAGGAGCUUCACUCCAAACCAUUCAUCACACCUGACUCGAACCUUCCAGAGAACCUCCUGUUCCUCUCUCAUUCAUUUGGGUACGACUGCGGCCGUAGAGCAAACCUGCAGCUACUGGAUGACAGAACUCUGGUCUUUAUAGCGGGUCAGGUACUCAUCCUGCUUGAUGUUUGCACUAAGGAGCAGACAUACCUGCGCUCAUGCAGUGGAGGGGGAAUUGGCGCCAUUGCGGUAAGCAAUACAAAAGAAUAUUUAGUCGUGGGAGAGAAGGGGAGAAAACCCAUUCUGGUAGUAUUUAAAUAUCCUUCAUUACAAGCAUACCGCAUCCUUAGAGAUGGUACAGACCUUGCGUUCAGCUCUGUAAACUUUAAUAGUGAUGAAAGUCUUCUGGCCAGCCUGGGCAGCGCACCUGACUACAUGUUGACAGUGUGGAACUGGAGGCAGGAGGAGGUGAUGCUCAGGUGCAAAGCCAUUUCUCAGGAAGUAUACCGGGUGACCUUCUCGCCAUUUAACCCUGGACUACUGACAACAUCAGGAUCUGGACAUAUCAAGUUCUGGAAAAUGGCCAGCACAUUUACAGGUCUCAAACUAGAAGGGCUUAUUGGCCAUUUUGGAAAAACUGCAGCUACAGAUAUUGAAGGCUACAUCGAACUUCCUGAUGGAAAGGUUUUAUCUGGCUCAAACUGGGGCAACCUGCUACUGUGGGAUGGAAAUGCCAUUAAAGUGGAGCUCUGCAGCAGGGGCGGAAAUUGUUGUCAUGCAGGGGUGGCCCAGCCUUUUGCCUUGGAGGAUGGACAGCUGAUGACCUUUGGCGCUGAUGGAAUGAUUCGGGGCUGGGACUUUGAGACCAUCGACGCCGCUGACAGUAGCAGUGAAAACAGCAAAUUUGAGAUGGAGCCAGUGAAUGAAUUGCUAGUUGGGCGUAACGUUAAUCUCUAUUCAGUAGUGAAAAGCUCCCAACAGGACUCUAACAUUUGGUUUGCUCAGGAUUCCAAUGGAGGCAUUUGGAAAGUGGACCUCUCAUUCACAUACUCAACUCCUGAUCCUGUGUGCUUGUUUUCUUACCAUGCUGGGGCAAUCAAUGGCCUUGAUGUAUCGAAGAGCAGUCAUCUCAUGGCCACAACAUCUCAGGACCGUUCAGUCAGAGUCUUUGAUUUUCUGGCAAAAAUGGAACUGACUAGCAACCGCUUUUCUCAGGGCGGAACUGCUCUGCAUUGGGCCCCACCUUCGGUGAACCAGUCUGGGAGUUUACUGGUAACUGGCUUUGAAGAUGGAGUCGUGCGCUUACUAGAGCUUUAUGACCCUGCUGGGCUUCAAAUAGUAACUAGGCAAAAAGUGGGGGCCCAGCUGCGCCUAAAGCAGGCCUUAAAACCCCACAAUGAGUCUGUCACCACUGUUGCGUAUGAAUGUAAUGGAACAGUCUUAGCUACUGGGAGCUCAGACUGCACUGUAUUUUUCUUCACUGUUGGAGAGAAAUAUGAGCCCAUUGGUUUUGUCUGUGUUCCUGGACCAGUACAUUUGCUUGUGUGGUCACCUGAAUCCUAUAAAGAAAAAACCCUGCUAAUCCUGUGCUCAAGUGGUCAUGUUGUGGAGGUACCGUGCCCAGAUCCAGAAGCGCUGCAGGAUGCCAAAUCCUACCAACUACUUGAUCUUCCGAGAAAAAGUUUCCGCUUCAAGAGCAUCAAAUCUCGAAUACGGAGAGAGGAAGAAAUAGCAAGACGACUAGAACUAAAGGAAAAGCGAAGGAAGGAACGAGAGAAAAAUGAAAUCCUAGAUGAUGAGGAGGAAGAAGAAGAAGAGGAAGAGUUGCCCCGCAUUUAUAUUCCUGACCCUCCAUGUCCUCUCUACUGGGGUUUCUUCUCACAACCAGGUCAAUUCUGGCUCUCAUUGGGUGGAUAUGACUCUGGUUUCUUGUACCACUGUAAAUUCUCUGAGAAACAGGAUGAGAAUUCAGAAAAAUGUCCCGUUGAGCCAUUUGCCUACCUGGAAAUCCAUAACGCUGAUAAGAACCCCAUUUGCUCAAUCACCUUCAGCUCCAACAGGCAGCUAAUGCUCUUCGGCAUGCAUUCAGGAUCCAUCAGAGUUUAUCCUUUGGAUGCCGACGAUCACGCCCUAACCUCAAUGCAGGCAUACUGGGAACUGAGCACUCAUGACAGCAACUAUGGACACCUGCGGCACAUCUGUUGUAGUUAUGAUGACCAGUUUGUGGUGACAGCAGGAGAUGAUGGGAACAUCUUUUCGUUCAGUAUGCUUUCAUCUGAAGAGCUGCAGAAGGAGCUGGAGAAAAAAAAGGCAAUGGUUCCUGAACCAAGGGCGGGAUUGGAGAAUGAGGCGUUAGCUAAAGACAUUGAUGACCCAUCAGCAUACAGCAUAGAGACAGCCAAACAGAAGCUGGAGAAAGACCUCCAGCGUAAAGAAGCUGACAGGAAGAUAUUAGCCAAACGAAAAGAACUUGCAGCGCUCCAAAAUGAGUUUAAGAUACUGUUGGAUGACAACCAGAACCUUCCAAAACACAUUCAACUAACUCCUAUGGAACUGCUGCUUGACCAGCGUUUCGAAGAGCAAGCUGAGAAAGAGAGAACACGACGAUUAGACGAAGUCCAAUACCAGAUGAGCUGGAGAGAGGAGCAUUCCCAUUUGUCACUCAAAAAGCUGAAAGACUGGUUUAUUGGCUCUGAAGAGUCUAACAUUAUCACUGUGUUCGCCAUCCACACUGACCACAGCGUCUCCACCUACCAUAUUUCAAGUCUUUCUUCAACCCGAGAGGACCAGGCCAGUUUUAGCAAGUCUGAUGAAACAACACUGGUCGAACGCCAUAAAAGCAGACCUGACUCUGAAAAAGACAGUAGCGAAACAGAUGAGGAAGAAUCUCCUCCCCCGGUGACUCGUCCACCAGUGCAGGCAGUAGAUCGGCACAUUGAAAGGCUCCAAAAAGCUGCAGAGAAAGCCGAGCAAGCACGAGCCAAGAUUGCAAAGAGAAAGCAAGAAUGGGAUCAACUUUAUGCAGAGAAGCCACAUAAGGACUGUGAGGAUCCACAAGAUGUCCAGGCCAUAUCUGAGGCCAAAGAGAACAUCGGGGACUUGAAACUCAAAACAGAUAAAAACUUCACUGUACCAAAACACCUCAGAAUGAGUGGCGCCAAAAAGAAAGUUGAGAUGAUCAACCUGGAGAACAAUAUACGUGAAAAGCAGACAGAGAUGAACAAAGAAAUUGUGGCCUUGCGAGAUGCCAAACUUCUUCUUUUAUCAACAUUGGGGACUCAGACUAAGCUGCUCCAGAGGAUCCAGAGUCGUUUGCCUUCACAGCUCCACUGCCAACCACCCCCUCUGCCCACUAUACGAAUUGAAGAAGUACCAGAGAAGAGCCUGCAGUGCAGCCGAACCCUCCUAGAGAGAUACAGGGAUCUGACAGAGAAAAGGUUGAAGGAUGGGGAGCUGGAGGAUCAGGAGAGUAGAAUGAGUGUGGUGGAUGAGCUGGAAAAGGAGCUUAAAGGAGUGGAGGAAGUGGACAAUAUAGAAUAUAUGUCUACAGAGGAGACCGCUGGAAAUGAAACCCAAGAACUGAGUGAGGAGGAGUUUGACAAUAUGGAUCAGGACAUGUUGUCAGACAUGCAGGACUUUCUACUUGAGCAGAUGACCAGUUCGUUGGCUCAAUUCGAUAAGGAGCACCUAAUGUGCCUUCAGAAGGUCCAGAUGUUGGACUGGAUGCUAAAACUUGCCAAUCUGCGUCAACUGACUCUUUAUCAGGAGCUGCUGCUCCUCAAAGAGGUGGACAAGAGUGAAAAGAUUCUGCAGGACAAACUUGACAAACGUCUAAAAGAGGAAGAUCAGCUGAUGUCUGACCUGGAGAAGUGUAGAAAGGCAUUGGAAUUGAAGCGUAAAGAUAUUACGAAACGGCAGGAGAAAGAAAAAGCUUGUACAGCAUCCUUCCACGCCUUGCUGGGUGAUGACAAUCAUUUUGAAGAGUAUCUCACCAAAGUUUACAAGAAGAAGAUUAAACGCUCCAAGAAGAAGGAGGAUGGAAGUGACGAGGAGGAUGAAGACAGCAAUGACGAUUUUGACGAUUUUGAAAACUGGGAUGAUGAUGAUGACGAAGAUUGGGAAGGAUUAGAUGGAGAUGCCGGGGUGGAGGAAUGCCCUAUAGGGUGUGAGCAGAAACUGUUUGACGAUGUACUGGAGCUACGUGAGCGUCGCCUGGAUCUGGAAGAGCAACUGGCAGAAGAGAAGAAGAGUGCUGAACAACUAGAGAAGGAGUGUGACUCCAUUGUUAAGAAGAUGAAGUCAGUGAAAAUCAGUCUUAAGGCAGCUGAGGAUGACUUGGAGCUAGUCAACAGGGAGAAACAACAGAAGAUGAAUCAACUAGAUGUUGUGGUUCCACUUCGACUUCACCAGAUUGAGAUUGGUGUGUCUGGCCAAGUGCCUUCAGACCUUAGUCCGGCAUUGGUGCUCACUAGAACAGAACUGAAACGGCUGGAGGAGCGAGUGAAUGAGUUGGUAGUAGAGAAGCAUCAGCAGACAGAGGUGUAUCGUCAGGCUCGUCAGCAGCACAUCAGGCUAAUCAAGGAACGCAAGGACAUGAGCAAUGACAUUCUGUCGCUGGAGAAGCUGUGCCACCAGUUGAUGAUGACAAGGUUUGGGAGAGAGGUUGACAUGGAGGUUCUGCAGACCCUGUGUGGCAACAAGACAGCUGCAGAAAUGAAGCAGGAAAAAAUCUUGCGAGACGCUGCGAAUGCCAAAGACAUCGCACAAUGGGAUAAAAAAGUACAACAUGCACGCGAGGGUCUGAUGGAGAUGACAAGGAGCAACACAGAUCGUCUCCGCUGCUUGAAUAGUCUUUAUGAGCAAAAGAAGGAGAUGGAGAUGAAACUUUACACUCGGCAAAAGAAAAUUGGUAAGCAUCUUCAGGCCUGUAGCAUGCGGGCAGACAGAAGUCAGAUCUGGAGUCUUCAGGAACUGGUGAGAAGACAAUCUGAAGAGAUAGAUAGGCUAUCCACAGAGAUCAUCCAUCUUGGUACGGGUGGAGGACACAUGCUUCCAAGUGGCCAUACUCAUCUACCUCCACUCCCGCCGCUGUCUUUCCCCACAGUCAAUAAAAUGGCUAAUAACAAGGACCAUUUUGAUUCGGUAUAA